AUGGCCAUGGCCCCAAGGGGAGCCUGCCUCAUGCUCCUGCUGCCCCUCAUCCUGCUGGCUGCCACCUUGGCCCAGCUCAGCGAAGGUGCAAGCUACCAGCAGUUUGUGAGACAACACGUUGAGUACCCCAAGACCGGAGCUCCCAAUGACAGGAUCUACUGCAACCUCCUGAUGCAGCGACGGGGCCUGACCCGCCCCCGAUGCAAACCCACCAACACCUUCAUCCACGCCCCCACCGGCCAGCUCCGAAACAUCUGUGGCAGGGAAGGGAGACCCGUUAGAGGCAACCUUCGCGACAGCAACAGAUCAUUCAGAGUCACCACGUGCCGGGUGCUGCCUGGUUCCCAGCCAGGGCGUUGUAGAUACAGAGCUGCAACUAGAGUCACUAGAGUCCGCGUGGCCUGUGUCCGGCGGCUGCCUGUGCACUUGGAGCCAACAUAUCUGCCAUGA